CUCCUCUCUGUGCCUCUUUAAAAGCUGCUCUUUGGUCAGCAGCUGCUGCUCUUCUCUCAGUGCAAACAACAGAAGACAUCGGUCAAGAUCUGUUCACCAGAUAAAGGGCAGCGAGUGGCAGACCUUAUAAAGAUCUGUUGGAGCAGACCUUUGGAGGAUGUCCAAAAUAUGUGCUGCAUAGAAACUGAAUGCAGAAACUCCUGAGUGUUCCAGUAUUUACACCAGCUGGUCACUAAUGUUGUCUGCCCGUAGACUGGUGCUGGCCAGGAUGAAGAAGAAGUUGAUCAUUGACUUAGACACAGGGGUGGAUGAUGCUCAGGCCAUCAUGGUGGCCCUCGCGGCCCCCAAUGUGGAAGUUUUGGGCAUCACCUGCUGCUUUGGCAACACACCCAUGGAAAACGUCCUCAAGAACACACUGCGUGUCCUGAAAGUCUGCAACAGGCUGGAUGAAACCACAGCCAGGAGACACAGCUUAAGGAUAUGGAACAAGUGCAACUAAGUACUGUCUUCCUCCUCCAUGUAGCAGUGACAGUGGAGUUGGAGGAGACCUACAAAUGAGGCAUGAUGGUGCUGGACUUCAUGGAGCUGCUGAAGAAGAAACACAAGGACGUCAUCCUGAGGCAAAUGUUGAUGGAUGUGCUGAAAUAGAAUGACUUCUAUGAGCCACAAUGUUGACCAAUCAUCAUAAUCAUUGCAGACGAGAACACAUUCAGCGUUAUCUUUCCUUGCACACAGCAUGGUGGUUAGGCGAUGCACUUUGAGACCAGCAGAAAGUUGUCCAGCUUGCAGACUGAUGGAUCGGAGUGUAUUUUUAACUUCCAUUUCUUGGUGCUCUGACAUUAAAUACAUCAUCUCAUAAGAAUAUGCAGUUAAACGAUUCCACAUUAAUUCUACAGCAGAAUAAGCCAAAUACCAUAGCAUCAGUAUUUUUAGCUUUUUCUGUUGCACCUACAUUCUUGAACUAGCCCUAUGGAGAGGAGCUGCAAUUAUGCCCUAUGUAAGUGAGUGUAACUUGAUGUUUUUGUAACCCUGGAUUCUACUCCUGUCACUUGGGGCUGUGGGACUGACCUGGAAUAAUCUUGAUCAAUACAGACAUGGUGAGACAGCAAACACAGCCAAAAAAACACAUAGCAAAGAGAGCGCUAUUAAUGCAGGGUUUGUGGAUAAACCAAAAGGGACACCGUUUCUGGAAAGACAUACGGAUGCUGAAUACAAUAGCAACAGAUAGCCAUGGUGCCCAGAGGAUGAAACCUGUUGACAUUGAUUGCAGUGCCACUGUGCUGCUAGUGUAGCUGUAACCUCUUACUUUUGAAUAAAUAUAAUUUGUCAGUGAAACAACAAAUUAACCCUAAAUGAUCCGUGUGUUACUAAACACUACUAGAGGUAAAGUAUCUGUGAUUUCUGAAGCUGUAGUUCACUGUGGUGGUGUACUGGUUUGCAUUAAACACUGUUUCUUUACAUGGGGAAGAGAAUAGCUGUCAGUAUGUUUGGAUGUAAUAGUAUGUAAAGCACCAGGAAAAUGUGCACACAGGCACAGAAAAUCUUGCAGCUUCAUAUUGUUAAAACCCAUCAAUUUAUAGUGAAGGUACAUUUAUUUCUCUUCCUGUUAAAUUCAUCUCAGGAGGGAAAUUGGCUGUGUUACAGUGACCAUAUUUGCAUUUUUGUUAACAUUUGUCGUUUGUGUGAUAUCACUCACCAUUCUGCGGAAGCUAGGAUGUUUCUCUGGAAAACAUCAGUAACAUCUAAACGUCCACCAGGAGAAAUCUAUCCAGCUGUUUCCUGAUCGCGUGAUGGACACAACGAAAUGCACUUUUUGUCAGACUGACUUACUUACUGAGUAUUGAUUAAUUACAUUGUUUUUGUAAAUCUCUUUAUUAGUAGACUUUGGAAAUAUUGAUUUUCAUGUAGGAUUUUAACAUUAGGUCCAUUGUUUCCUGUUUGGAGUAUGUUGUCUAAUCUUCCUCCUCAUCUCCCAUGUUUAAACUUUUCUUAUUAACAACACUUUCUUUUCACAUUUAUCAUUCAGUAUUUUGUAUUUCUGGGUUUCAGCUAUAUUCUGUUUUUUGUCCUUUGACUCAUUUGAGUGUUUGUUGCUGCCUGUCACAUUAGUAUAAAACAUAUUAGGAGCUAUUGUGCAUUCCUCUGGGGAUCAAUAACUACUGAUAAAAUGUACCAUUGUUACUAUAGUAUAAUUCCCUUGUUUCAUAAAACACAAAGCAGCUGCUUUUAACUAUUUGUCUAUUUUCCCAAUAAUCAAAUUACAUAGUUCUUAUCAAGAAAGGUCAAGUACAAAAAUAUAUCACACUAACUCUAAUAACAUUAAUAAGAUUUUUACACCACAUAAAAUACUUACUACCGGUACUAAUACUGGCUAAUAAAACAAUAUGUAUUACCCAUUACUUUUCUUCAGCUUCAGAAGCUUCACCAAAAACAUUACUGCAACAGCACUCACCAUGAGAUGUUGGUAUGUUACUACACAAUCCCAAAGAGAACGACUGCUAUUAAAACAUUUUCCAGAAUUGCAAUACGAAGUAUGGAUCCCAUUUAAAACUGAGGCAUCUUCAACUUAAUAAAACCUUUUAUUGAAAGUGCUUUGGAAUGUACACUUCAAGAAAAAAAGAAAAAGGGAAAAAAUGUUUGCAUCCCAUGUUUGUCCACUUUCCUUUUUUCAUUUUCAAUAAGCAGGAUUAGUCUUUUUUUAAAGGAAACUAAAGCAAAUGUUUCCUCUUCAGAAACAAUCGCCAAUGUAUAUAUUACAACCUGCCAAAAUACUAUUUACAAAUCAUACAAUAAAAGCUGUAUUUCAUAUGUCUGUGUUUCUGUAACUAGUCCAAACACAUUGCUGUUCACUGACUUUGGAGCUCCAGCUCAACAUAAGCAAGAUGUUGAACCAAAAAAAAAAAAAAAACCCCCAACAGA